AUGGGGAAAAAAUUAAAGCCCAGAAUGCCUCCAGUAACCAAGGAUCCAAGUUUGCCAGAGGAAGCCAAUGGAAUGGACUUACAUCAACAGUCUUUGUUGAACAAUGUCCAACUAAGCAGCAAGAUUUUGGAUCUUCGAGAUCUAAGGGCUGGCAUUGGGAUCUCAGCAAACACCUUUCUGCUUUACCUCCACACUGCUGCUGUCUUUGUGGGCCACAAGCCCAGGCUCACCGACCUCCCCAUCACCCACCUGGCUCUAAUACACAUCCUCAUGCUCCUCACCAUGGGCCUUUUGGUGUCUACAGACAUUUGGGAAACACAGGACAUUCUAGGCAACUUCAAAUGCAAAGUGCUUGUCUUCCUAAACAGGGUCAUGAGGAGGUUGUCCAUCUGCACCACCUGUGUCCUGAGUGUGCUUCAGGCCAUCACCAUCAGCCCCAGUGGCUCCUGGUUGGCCCACUUCAAGCUGAAAUCCACAAAUCCCAUUGUGGGGCUAUUUGUCUUCUUAUGGGUCCUCACCAUGUCCCUCUCCAGCAACCUGCUCCUCUGCACUGUGGCCACUCCCAAUAAGACCCAGCCUGAUCUUCUACACACACAGCGGUCCCAGCAUCUUCGCAAUUCCAGGUUCCCUCCAAAAUCCUCUCCAGAACAAAGGGCCACUCAGAGCAUCCUGCUGCUGAUCUGCUGCUUUGCCAUCCUGUACUGYRCAGACUCCCUCAUUUCAAUGGCCAUAGGCUUGACAUGGACUAAUAAUGCCAUCCUGGUGUGUGUCCAGAUGCUUGUGGCCAAUGGCUAUGGCACAGUCAGUCCUUUGGUGCUAAUCACAGCUGACACUCAAAUAAUGAAAAUUAUUCAACUUACAUGUGGGAAGAAAUGUUAG